UCAGAAAUAAAGAGAUCUAUCUGCUCAGCUCUGCCCCCCUCUCCACCCCCCCAAAAAAGUGGCGACGCCCUCAUCAGCGUUCGGUUAAAUUUUCUUACGAACACGCAAUUGUUGCACGCUAUUGUCUACAGAUCCAAAGUGGCAUCCUAUUGUUUAAAAUGGGAGGAGAACAAUGAGGGAAUUCAAUCUCAUGACACCGCAACCAAAGCCAAGCGACACAAACCCAGUACACACACAGCCCCCCCAGCUACGAUGACCGCCUUUGCCUCCUUGAAACGUAGCAUUCGACGUAUACUCAAUCAUCUGUUUGAACGAUCAUCCAUGUUCCUGCUCGCUAUUAUCAGUACCGCCCUUGUGGCAGGUGUGGCACUGGCUGAAACAGGUCAACUCAGACAUCGCGCAGUCCAGGAUAAAGCCAUGAGCCGCGGACGGUACCGCGAGGCCGAAUGGGUCGAACCCUUGACUGAGCUCAAUGCUCUCAAAUUCCACCCACUUUAAAUUCCAGCUUCUGACUGCAUGGAGCGUAUCACUUGGGCUUGUCUGAUCACUUAGUCAUUUCACUGUAUCCAUGUCAUUCUGCAUUUUACUUUACGAC